CCCUCAGCAGCCAGUCCCAGUCCCCACUUCUGCCUCGCCGACUGCUCCACCAACCUCUCCGACUCCACCAGGCACCAUCCCCAGUCCGUUUGUCCACUGUCCAAACUCCAGCGAGUCAACAACUUAAGUCUCAAACUUCUGCGGUAGUUUAUGAUUUUGGUUGGGUUUGAAGAUUAUUGAAAAAUAACAUCUGGAUGUGGAAUCUUGUGAAAUCAAGCUCUAUUUUGAAUGAAAGUUGCUCAUUUAAGAAACUAAGAAUUGUAUACCCACAGCUUGGAUUUUUUAGAUAUUGUCAUUUUCAGUUGGGUUCUGAUGGAUUAGGUUCAUCGUCGGAUUUGGCACAAAAAAAGGCCCAAAGCAUUGUUGGAAUUUUCUGGGAUUUGGAUAACAAACCCCCCAAGACGUUACCUCCUUUUGAGGCAGCCUCUAAGUUAAGGAAGGCUGCAGAGCAAUUUGGGUUUGUGAAGUACAUGAUAGCUUAUGCUAAUCACCAUUCAUUUAAUUAUGUACCACCUGUUGUUAGGCAGCAGAGGAAAGAAAGGAAAGUGUUGAAUGAAUUAGAAAAUAAGGGAGUGGUUAAGCCAGAUGAGCCAUAUAUCUGCAGGGUGUGUGGGAGGAGGUUUUACACCAAUGAAAAGUUUAUUAAUCAUUUUAAGCAAAUUCAUGAGCGUGAACAGGUGAAACGGUUAAAUCAGAUAGAGAGUGCGAAGGGGAGUAGGAGGGUGAAGUUGGUUGCAAAGUAUGCAAUGAAGAUGCAGAAGUAUAAGAAUGCUGCUAGAGAUAUUUUGACACCAAAAGUGGGGUAUGGUUUGGCAGAUGAGUUGAAACGGGCAGGAUUUUGGGUUAGGACUGUUUCAAAUAAGCCAGAAGCUGCAGAUAUUGCUUUAAGGGAUCACUUGGUGGAUAUGAUGGAUAAAAGGAGGGUUGACUGUGUGCUUCUUAUAUCUGAUGAUUCAGAUUUUGUGGAUGUUUUGAAGGAGGCGAAGUUGAGGUGUUUGAGGACAGUGGUUAUUGGUGAUAGCAAUGAUGGUGCUCUCAAGAGGACUGCAGAUGCUUCUUUCUCAUGGCAGGAAAUAACAAUGGAGAAAGCUAAGAAAGAAGCAGUUUCAGUUGUGGGCCGGUGGAAAGACCAUGAUGUGUUGAAAACAUUGGAAUGGACUUAUAAUCCUGGGAGAGACAAAACAUACUAUUUUUCUGACAUUGAGAGUGAGAGUUCUGACAUUGAACAUUUUCUUUCCGGGGAAAAUAAUGAUAAUUCUCUGCAGAAGGAAGAUAGCGGAGCAUGGUGGGAGCUAGACUCUGAUACUGCAAACAUGAACAGAUCUUCACAAUCACUUUAAUAAGUAGUCAGUUAUAUUUUUAAGCUAUAAAGUGAUAGCCCAACAGUACUUAACAUGUGAAACAUACAUUAUACUCAAAGAAACCGAUUUCUGAUAACAAUGAGAUGAUUGGGCAUUUGGGCUCCUUCUGCAACAGCUUGGAAGAAACACUUUUCAAUUACAUAAGCAUCCAAAUAAGAACUGGGAUCUUUGCUGAUACGAAUUACCCCUAAUCCUAAGGCAGAAAGCAACUCAAGCUUGCUAAUCAUUGAUUGAAAAAGUUAUGUUCUGCUAGUUUCCAAGACAGUGAAACCGGAACCAAGCAUAGUCCAACUUGGCUGGAAUAUUCACCAUUGCUUUCUGAGCUUGUUACUGUGUUGCACAACUUCUGCUUAAGAACCAACAGAGGUACUUUCCAUAAGGCGAUAAACACUUUACAUUUUUAUGCAACCUUGCAUAGUAAGAAUGAUGAUCUUAACCUGAAUCUGAUCUUGAAGAGCUUUAAUGGAAAAAGAAGCCUCAAGGAGAACUGAAACAGUGUCGGUCUACAACAAUAUUGGCAAAGAGUUGAUCUUGGUUAGUAUCUAGCUAUCUGCCAUUUGUAAUCAAUGUAUUUAAAUUAGUUUGGGAUAGCUAUCCUUGCCAUAUGGGCAAACUGGCUUUUGAAGAGCUGCGAUCUUAUCACUUAUUAGCUUCUGGUUUCUCCUUACUGGUACCUAUAUUAUCACGGACAAAACAACAUUUUCAUAAUAAGAAAAAGAUCAAGGAUUACAUGUUUGCUCUCUGCAUUAAGAAAUACAUACCAAAGGUGUAGUAAAACUGUGAUGACAUUUGUGACAGAAUAGCAUUCUCCAUUUUUCUAGCUGCUUCAUACAGAGUUUGAGUUUGUUGAUGAUCACAGAGCUGGGAAAAUUGUUGUUGAGCUGAAUGGAAGACUGAAUAAAUGUGGGGUGAUAAGUCCGCGUAUUGAUAUUGGUCUUAAGGAUAUUGAAGGGUGGACUGCUAGAUUGCUCCCUUCAAGACAGUUUGGCUACAUUGUCCUGACCACUUCAGCUGGCAUCAUGGACCGACCAUGAGGAGGCCAGAAGGAAGAACCUUGGAGGAAAAGUACUCAGUUUCUUUUACUAGGAUUGUUUUGUCGAUUAGAAAAAACCUCCAGUUUUGGUGUACUCUUUAUGUUUGCUUUGACAAUGUGAACUAUUAUCUUUAUCAAAAGGGCAGUGGACAAUUACAUUUUGCUUA